UUACCCUGACACCGCAGGGACACGUGCUGCUGCUCCUCCUGUGUCUCUCUGUGUCAUUAUUCCCCACAAGCAUCCAGCCACCGCACGCGAGGCAGGCUGAGAGACAGUGAGAGGGGGAGAGAGAGAGACAGAGAGAGAGAGGGAGAGAGAGAGAGAGAGAGAGAGAUAGAGAGAGAGGGAGAGAGAGAGAGAGACUAAAAGAUCUGAGACAUCGCAAGACAGGUACAGAGAAAUAGAGGAAGCGAUAAAAAGAAGAAUAAGAGAGAGAAUAAGAGAGACAGUCAGGGACUAAAAGAGAAAGCAAGCGAAAAAGAGAAAAACAGAGAGCGUGAAGAGGGAGGGGGGAAAUUAAGACAGGGAGGCAUAGAAUGAGUGAGAGGGAGGGGGAGUGAGAGGUAGAGCAAGGAGGGGAAGAGAGAGCGAGAGAGGAGAAGAGAGGAGCUGGAGACGAGUCGCUUGCUAUACGGGCUCCGUGCACUGCGCCCGGGAUAGUUUGCAUGUUACUGUCAUUAACCAUUUGGAUUAAACUGCCGUGAACUCUACGUGACAGACAAGAAUUCAAUCAAGGCACUGUUUUCUGGAUGACUUUGUGGUCUGGAUAACCCCUCAAGAGCUUCCGAAUCCCUUUGCUGGAUUGGAGUUCUGCAUGCUGCCAAGCAGACAUAUUUUUUGGAAUUAACGGGAUCUUGGACGUCACAGUUUUCAAAUGCUUACAAGGAACUGCUCACUGCUGUUCCUCUGCUUUCUCCUGGACAAGGGACUCCUCUCUCCUCUUCACUCGCCACCACAAGGCAGGCUGGGAAAGGAACACCACAGAGGCAUCAUGGGACUGCGGAGGAAUGGAGGGGCGGGGUUUCAGAGGGUGAAAAGGGGCUGGGUUUGGAACCAGUUCUUUGUUCUGGAAGAGUACAUGGGUUCUGACCCACAGUAUGUAGGGAAGCUUCACACGGACCUGGACAAGGGCGACAGCAUUGUGAAAUACACCCUCUCUGGUGAGGGAGUCGGCUCCAUUUUCACCAUCGACCAGACGACGGGGGACAUCCACGCCGUGCAGAGCCUGGACAGAGAGAUGAAGCCUUUCUACACGCUCCGCGCCCAGGCCGUGGACCUGCGCUCCGGCAGGCCCCUGGAACCCGAGUCCGAGUUCAUCAUCAAGGUCCAGGACAUAAACGACAACGAGCCCAGGUUCCUGGAUGGGCCGUACGCUGCUAGUGUCCCCGAGAUGUCUCCAGUAGGUACAUACGUCAUGCAAGUGACUGCCACUGAUGCAGAUGACCCCACCUAUGGCAACAGUGCACGUAUCGUAUACAGCAUCUUACAUGGACAGCCAUACUUCUCUGUUGAUCCUAGGACAGGAGUGAUCCGGACGGCUCUGCCAAACAUGGACAGAGAAGUGAAGGAAAUCUACCAGGUUCUCAUCCAAGCCAAGGACAUGGGGGGGCAGCUGGGGGGCCUGGCAGGGACGACCACCGUCAACAUCACCCUUAGCGACCUCAACGACAACCCACCCAGGUUCUCAAAAAGUAUAUUUCACCUUAGAGUUCCAGAAUCGUCACCUGUGGGGUCAGCCGUGGGUAGAAUCAAAGCGCAUGACCUAGACACCGGGAAAAAUGCAGAGGUGGAGUACUACAUAGUGCCCGGAGAUGGGGGCCACAUGUUUGACAUCGUCACUAACGAACACCAGGAAGGGAUUGUCCUCCUUAAAAAGCGUUUAGACUACGAAACGAAAAAGUCCUACGCCUUCAAGGUGGAGGCGUCCAACGUGCAUCUGGACCCCCGCUUCCUUCACCUGGGCCCCUUUAAGGACACGGCCACCGUGAAGAUCAACGUCCUGGAUGUAGACGAGCCCCCUGUUUUCAACAGGCCGUCCUACAGCAUGGAGGUCUACGAGGACGCGUCCUUCGGCACGGUCAUCGGAUCGGUGACUGCUCAGGACCUGGACGUCAGCGGCAGCGACGUGAGAUAUUCCAUUGAGUGGAAGAGGGACCAAGACAGCUACUUUGACAUUGAUCCAGUGACAGGGACAAUUUCCACCAUCGAUGUCCUGGACAGAGAGCGAAUUGCAAAACACAAUAUCUCUGUUGUGGCAACUAAAGUUGGUAACCCGGCCCUGUCCAGAAAAGUACCAGUCACCAUCAAUGUGCUCGAUGUCAAUGAGUUUCCCCCUGAGCUGGCCAUGAACUAUGAGUCAUUUGUGUGUGAGAAUUCAAAACCAGGGCAGGUGAUUCAAACUAUCACGGCGAGAGACAGCGACAGCCCCCCAAUGGGGCCGAGGUUCUUCUUUCGGUCACCUCCGCAGGACUUCAAGGACAAAAACUUCACCAUUCGGGACUAUGGGAACAACACGGCCGGGGUGGUGACCCGACGGAGCGGGUUCCGGCGCCGGGCCCAGGACCUGUACCUGCUGCCCGUGGUGAUCGAGGACAUCGGCCACCCGGUCCUGAGCAGCACGGGGACGCUGACGGUGCGCGUGUGCGCCUGCGACCGCGGCGGCCUGCUCCUGUCCUGCAGCGCCGAGGCCGUCUUCCUGCCCGUGGGGCUCAGCAGGGGGGCGCUGAUAGCCAUCCUCGUCUGCAUCGUCAUCCUCCUGGUCAUGGUGGUUCUGUACGUGGGCCUCAGACGGCAGAAGGACAAGGGCACCCUGAUGACCUCCAAGGAGGACAUCCGCGACAACGUCAUCCACUACGACGACGAGGGGGGCGGGGAGGAGGACACCAACGCCUUCGACAUCGGCACCCUGCGCAACCCCAAGGCCGUGGUGCAGGAGAAGGGCUUCUGCCAGGACGUCCGGCCAGGGUCCGGACCCAGGGGCGCCACGGCGGCUCCGUCCCAGGACGGCCCCGACGUACGGGACUUCAUCCAGCGCCGCCUGCAGGAGUCUCACCUGGACUCCUCGGCGCCCCCGUACGACUCGCUGGUCACCUUCGCUUACGAGGGGGACGGGUCCGUGGCCGAGUCCCUGAGCUCCAUCGAGUCCCGGGGAGCCGAGGCGGAGGAGGACUACAGACGCCUCUGUGAGUGGGGACCCCGUUUCCAAACGCUGGCGGGGAUAUUCAGUGGGAAGGACCCUCAGUCCUGCGAGGCAGAGAGAGUGGCGGCAGCAGAGACAAACGAUGGAUCAGCGGAGUUAACGAGAGACACCACAGAGGAAGAACAAACUUAGCUUUCAUUCUUUUUUGCAUUUAUCCUUUCAUACUUCAGUUGUACUCCUAUUUACCUCUGAAUUUUCCUUCAUAACAGCUGUGUAACUCCUUAAAAAGCACUACAUAGCACCUCCAUUAGCACUACAUAAUUCAUAAAUUGUGUCAAUAGCCGCAAUAAGGCAUAUGGUGUGUUACUAAUGAUACAGCAAUGACAUUAGCACGAUACACCUCGUGACAUUCACCUGCCUAUUUGCUUUAUUGAUAUGAGCAUCCAUGAAUGUCACAGCGGUUUUUAAGAAGGUGCUAUAUAGUAUUUAUGAAGGAGUUAUAGAGCUUUUAAGACGGACCAUUCAUUAAAAAGUUAGCCAUGUAUUGCUCUCUUUAGGGACAAAUGCUGGCAAAUACUGAACAAUGAACCAACUGUGUAAUUAAUCUUUGUUUUCUUUUGUAGUAUUUUUACAUGAUUUGUUUCUGUAUUGAUUUCUAGAAUCUUCAUUUGAAUUAUUGAAUUGAAUAUUUGAAUUUAUUGUCCUAACAGUAGUAAGAAAAAAAAGUAUUUCCAAAGGGAGAGAUCUCUCUUUAAUAUCCUUGAAAGUGCCUCAUGGACUGUCCUGUUUCUUAGACCUCAUGUUGCUAUACAAAUCCUAUUGUGUUUCUUGUAAGUCUGAAUCCUAGAACAAAGGUUGUAGGAAACUUAAAACUGUUUAAUUGUAGGAGGGAGCAGCAUACUUAUAAAAUGUCAACUGGGAUAAAAUUUGAUCCCAGAUUUGCCAAAUAUAUUUUGAUUGUUAUUUGUGUACAUGUUUGAGUACUUAUGUUCAUUAUCAAUUAGUUUAAUCUUUGACAAGAAGAAGAGGGAUUUCUGUUGUAUCUAUCCAUGGCUCUCAGUGCAGGAACAGCUCAGUAAUGAGACAGAUUUCAGGACUUGUAAUGGUUGUACAAUUGUUUAGGGCUACAGAUUGAUUUUUUUGGGAUUCAGGUCAUGUUAUAAACAUGCUUUCUAAAUUAAACACAACAUGAGGACUCUUUAGUACUUGAGUUUUCUUAAUUUUGUUUAUUUGUUUUCCUCUCAAACACAUAACAGAAUCUGGCCGGUAUCCAAUCGACAUUAGUGCUAAAAUUUGGCUUAAAAGUAAAUGUUCGCAAUCUGGUGUGUUCUGAAAUCACUCAAAUUAACACAUCAAAAAGAAAAAAAAAGAAGUUCUUCUGCAUUUAGAAGUCAAAGUUGAUAACAACUGUUGAUUACGUUCAGGCAUUUAUUUAUUAUUAACAAUAAGUAAACAGAAGCAAGUGAGUAUGUGAAAGAAUAUUAUAAUAAAUGUGAAUGUUUUACUACUAAACCUUGACACAACAUAGGCUGGGCAGACAUACACUGGCACUGUAUAAGCCUCAUGUGUCUUGGUCAGAUCUAUAGUCUAUUACAGGAUGAGAUGCGUACUGUGUGCUGCACCAGCUUUGUGUGAGACAAAUGGUGCCGUGAAGACACAUAUCAUAAUGCCACAGCAUACAGACCAGUUACAGCUCUCCUGCCCUACUGCUGCAUUCUGUUCUGCCAUCCCAAAGUCUGAAAUAUUUCACAGGAUGACACAGCCCCAGAGAUUGUAAGCCUAUCUUCUUUAAAGGCACAUGCAAUAAAAUCAUUUUAAAAAACUAAUAAACUCUCAUAUUUACCCUAGUCAUAAAAAUGCCAAAGUUUAGAUUGUCACACUAGCUCAAAAAAUUCAACUUAGUAAAUCAAGGUAAAAAGCAAGCUAACCAAUAGUCAGAAAUGUUCUAACUUAAGUUUGUGUGUGUGUGUGUGUGUGUGUGUGUGUUUGUUUACAUG